CCACCAUUGCUCAAUUAAGCUUCGCUUCUCUCUGUAGUUCUUCACAGGGUGAUUAGAUUACCCAGAAGAAGAAGAAGAAGGUGGUGAUCCAAUGGAGAUCUUAUCGCCGAGAAUAUUUCCCCAAAUGGUUGAAGAUGCAGCUUAUUUCCAUCAUCAUCAUCAGCAGCAACUCAAUUCCUCCUUCUCGCUUGAUGAUGAGUUUGAUUUGUUCCAUCCACAUUUUCCUUCAGAACCCUACUCCAACUCAUCUCCAUCCAAUCCACUCCCUCAUAUUAGCCCUGAGAUGAUGCCCAGUUUUGCCGUGCAAUCAGUCAAAACUCCUCAAGCGUUCACCGAGAGGCCCCGUAAACAGCUCAAGACCGAGAGCUGGAACUCUCCUCGCACGAUGGAGCACAAAACAAUGACUCGCAAUGCGGUGAUAGCGCCGUCUCCAUCCCCGUCUCGGUCUCCUGACUCCCACUUGAUACCAUUCGGGAACCCCAAUUCAUCUCCAGCCAUAUCCAAUCCGUUCUAUGGUACUUAUGAAAUCCAAAAUUGUGAGGGUCCACAGAUCAAAAGCGCCAGCGCGACAAGCAGAACGCCAGUAUGCGCACAAGAUCAUGUGCUAGCUGAGAGGAAGCGCCGUGAGAAGCUCAGCGAGCGUUUCAUCGCGCUUUCAGCCGUCAUUCCCAACCUUAAGAAGAUGGACAAGGCUUCCGUCCUCGAGGAUGCCAUCAAGUACUUGAAAGAGCUUCAACAACGCGUCAAGACGCUCGAGGAGGAGGUGGCAACGAAGACCGUGGAGUCGGUCGUCAUCGUGAAGAAGUCCCAACUCACCAUGGAUGAUGACACGUAUUCGUCGUCCGAUGAUAACUCUUGCAGCCAAAGUGACCAGCGACUCUCGCUCCUGGAAAUCGAGGCGCGAGUUUCCGGAAACUGCGUCCUCAUCAAAAUCCACAGUGAGAAGCGCAACGGUUUUAUACCUAAAAUGAUCGGUGAAAUAGAGAAAUUGAACCUAACUGUUAUGAAUAGCUGUGUUCUACCCUUUGGAAGUUCCAUACUAGAUGUUACCAUCCUAGCUCAGAUGGACGUGAAGUUCGGCAUGAAGAUGGGGGAUCUCGUGAGGAAACUGCGUCAAGCUCUUCUGGAUUUCAUGUGAUCUCCUGCAAAAUUCUCAUCUCGUCAGAAGCUGGCGAGCAAUAACGUACAAAACCCUAAUAAUAACAGGUCAUCUGUUUCAUUUCCUUUGUAUUGGGUCGAACUGUUUUUGAGACCAUGGGGGAGAAAAAAACGGUUGCCCGUGAAUCACUCUCUCUGAUCAGACCACACCAAACUCUUCGCGAACGCCAAAA